UGUACACAUGUAGCCUGAGACCUGUCGCUGUGUGUCUGUCUGUUGGCUUUUGUUUCCAUCAUGUCUUUAAUUAAAACGAGUUUAAGACUGUUCCUGUUCUCCGUAGUCACCGUCCUGGCCGUGCUGCUGCUGCGGCACUGGAUGGCCACUAAGCAAUACGUUUUCAACAAAGAAGACGUCGCCAAACUGGCCAAACAGUACGCAGGACAGGACCAUGAGCAGGCCUUCUCCAAAGUGGUGGUGGAGCUCAGGAAGAGAUAUCCUGGCCACAUCCUGCCAGACGAGGACCUGCAGUGGGUGUUUGUGAACGCUGGAGGCUGGAUGGGCUCCAUGUGUCUCCUCCACGCUUCGCUCACAGAGUACCUGCUGCUGUUUGGUACCGCGGUGGACACAGGAGGACACUCAGGUCGCUACUGGGCUGAGAUUUCAGACACUAUCAUCUCUGGCACUUUCAGACAGUGGAAGGAGGGAACAACUAAGAGUGAACUUUACUACCCUGGUGACACCAUCGUACACAGCGUAGGCGAGGCUACAUCUGUCCAGUGGAGCGCCGGGACGUGGAUGGUGGAGUACGGCCGAGGUUUCAUCCCCUCCACGCUGGGCUUCGCUCUGGCAGACACCCUGUUCAGCACCCAGGACUUCCUUACAAUGUUCUACACUGUACGAGUUUACGUCAAAUGUCUGCUGCUCGAGGCUGGUACACUACUCGCAGACGCCGGAGUUUUCUGAGGCGCGGCCUGCACAGGGACAGUAAAAUCAAAUGUUUGCCAUGUCGUCCGAAGCCCCUUUUUGUCCCCUGACCACUUACAUCUAGCAUGGGGGGAAAGUCUGUUCAACCAUUUUUAACGGAAAUUGUAGACAAUCAAGCAUCAGUAGAGUUGAUUCCAUCUACAUUCAAGUGUGUGGCUCUCCAUGAAGGCUAUACAAAAAACUAAAUGUUUGACUUCACCCCGACUUGUAACACAAACUGACAUCCUGACAUCAAACUGCAUCAACAACAGUGAAUCUUUUUUUUAAACCACUGACUUUUAAGAAAUUAAGGCUGUACAUGCAGCAACAUGUCAUUCUGAAUCAACCCUCACCUCAAGUCCCUCCUUAGUAUCCUUUACACAAUGAUCAUUCCUCUGAGAGCUCUGCUACUGCCUCCCUAGUCAGUGAGAUCUUACUGUAAGUUUAAAAAUAUACAAACUAUUAUAUUUUUAAGAUCCAGUUUAAAGAAAUAGUCUCAAAGACCUUAAAACUACUCUUGCCAAAUUUGAGAUUGUUCUGUGAAUAAUACAGACACGUUUGUAACAAGGUGGAGUAUGCACUUUUUCAGCAACCAGUGAAAUGUAUAUAAUUUAAUGCUGAAGUUCAAAUUAGUUAUUGAUUGUCCUGCAUCUCUAGACCAAGGAGUCCUUCUUAAAAAAAAUGUGCAAAGCUUAAUUUGGCUUGUAAAACAAACAGCAUUUUCUAGAUACCCAUCUCAUAUUUAUAUGCAUGUGGAUUCUCAGUGAAUGUGGGUCUUGUGUUAAUCCAUUUUUCUGAAUAUCUGACUCUUUAAAACAUAUGUCACAGAACCCGACACCAAAAAGCCAAGAAGUGUGUUAUCUCCAAAGAUUAAGCCUCUGUUGUGUUUUGGCACUCGCUCAGAGUCGAUCUGUCAAUCAAAGAGAUUAUUUUGAAGAAAAGUGCAAGGAUGGUGUGAGGAAGGUCCCAUGUUGCCCCAAUGAGAGUCGUACUCAGAUCCUCGCCAGCUCAGAGGCAGCAAUGUUUAAAUGAUCAUAGAUUGUGUCUUAUUGUGUGUUGACUCCAGAGCUACCGUGCAACAGCUGAUUUCAAACAAUGAUAUUGGAGCAAUUUUCAGAUUUCUCCUUUUUUUUCUCUCCUCAAAACCCAACAUUUUUAGGAUUUAAUCCUAAUACAUUAUGUAAUGUAUCUGACAUAUUUUGGAAAGUUUUAUGAGUUGAAAUAGACUUGUUACAAUAUUUUUUUAAAUGUAACUACAACUAUCAACUUGGCUCUGGAAUUUUGCACUAUCUAAACAACACUAUCUGCGGGUCUCAUCGUUCACAUCUCCAUACUGUAAUAAACUACUGAGCAGAAGCAGUAGAAAAGUCAAAGCCUUUUGAAAAUAUUACACUUUGAAUUGUACUCUAAAAGCAAAUCACUGUUGCCCCCAGUUUCUACCUUUUCAGAUCAAAUAUAAGCCUUAUUUUCAGAUUGAUGCUUGAACCCGUCAAGCACCAUAUUAGUGCUUCUGUGGGGGUGAAAUCAUACUGUAGCUACCCAAAACUGGAGUUAUUUGGUUGAAAUGAAGCAGCAUCAGCAUCAUGUGGUCUCAGGUUGGAUGGAAAAGCAAAUGAUACUGUAACUUGAACAUUGAUGAGUGGAUGUGCAAUGUACUGUAAGGUAAUGAUGAAAACUGACAGUGCCAAAAGAAAUAAAUGUUUUUGGAA